UCACUAGAGAUUAUUACAUUAAAGCGUUUACAACUACAAAACACUAUCAUCUACGGGUGCAUUAUGCAAAUUACGAUAGUUUCGUUAUUGUCAGUGAUUUGUUCACAAUUGUGCAUGGCUAUAUACACAACUGAUUACGUUCACCCAGAUGCUGGAUUAAACUCUAAGGAGAUUAUACAAAAAUAUGGCUACCCCUUGGAGGUCCACACGAUUGAAACUGAAGACGGAUACAUAUUGGAAACUUAUCGAAUACCUCAUGGAAAACUCAAUGUAACGUCAAAAUCACAGUUCCCCGUUCUUCUCGUGCCAGCACUACUUUGCACGUCGCUAAUUUACUUAAAUUUAGGUCCUGGACUUAGUUUGGGAUUUAUGUUGGCGGAUGAAGGUUAUGACGUUUGGCUUGCAAACACAAGAGGGACAAGGUGGUCGAAAAGGCAUAAAUUCUUGGAUCCGGUUCGAAAUGAAAAGAAAUUUUUUGACUACAGCUUUCAUGAGGUUGGAAUAUAUGAUAUUACUGCGAACAUAGAUUAUAUCCUGAAACGGACAAAUUUCAACAAAUUGUUCUACGUUGGUCAUUCUCAAGGAACUAUCUCAUUUUUUACUAUGUCUGCCACAAAACCUCAGUACAAUGAUAAGAUAGCAUUAAUGAUCGCGUUGGCACCCGUCGCCUACGUUUUCAACGUACAAAACCCCUUAAUUUCAUUUUUUAAGUAUAAUCUACCAAAAAUCCAGAAAUUAGCCGAAAAGAAUCGAGUGUACGAACUGCUUCCGUACUCACCCUUAUUAGCUUCAUUAGGUAGCCUGCUAUGCAACGACUAUGCUGUGACUCAAAUAUUUUGUGCAUCCAUCGUUUACUUUCUUGGAGGAUAUAGUCCUAAUUUUAACACGACUGCACUUCCAGCAAUAACUAGUGAAUCUCCCGCUGGAACUUCAACGAAGAUGCUUUUCCAUUACAUUCAAUUGGCUAUAUCAGAGCAAUUUCAAAUGUAUGAUUACGGAGUAGAAAAAAAUUCAAAGAAGUAUGGUACCAAAACUCCACCAAAGUACAACAUUAGUGAAAUCACUGCACCCAUCGCACUGUACUAUGGAGGUUCGGACGGCCUCUCCACUCGCUCUGAUGUAGAGCUACUGAUAGCUCAACUGCCAAACCUAGUAGAGAAACAGUUUAUUAAGGAUUACAGUCAUUUGGAUUUUCAAUGGGCAAAGAAUAUUGUUCCUGUUCUACAUAGUAAAUUGAUAGAAAUAGUUAAGAAAUAUUCCAAGACAUAAAAGACAUUACUCUUCGCUCUAGAAUCUCUAGAAUAGGAUACUAAAAAUUCAAUUAGUCAAACAUAACACCCUUAAAAUUCUUGGUUCGCUGUUUUGUGUUGCUGAAUGCUCUGUUCAGAUCGCCUGUAUGUAUCUACUCAAAAUUAUUACAUGACUACUGCCAAUGUUCGUUUUUUUAACUUGCUGAAUACUUCGACUAGAUCACCCCUAUCCAAACUAACGGCGUGGGUACUCUUUCCCCGGCUGCGUAAAUACAUUGUUUACCACGGUACAGACGGCUUGGCCUCUGUACCGCAGUAUAGAAUGUUCCUGAAAUUACUCACAAAUCUCAGCUACAUUCUUUACUGUGCUGCAGACGAAUAGUCAGUGGUGUGCCGAAUGCGGCUAGUUCUUUCUUUAUCGAAAAGCGAACAUAC